CCACAUAAAUCUUACCAAGAGUACAAACAUCUUAAUUUGAAUCCACAAAGUUUUGUAUAAUGAAAAGAAAUACAGAAUUUUAAUUCAAUCCAAGUGUUUCCCAAGCAGAUUGUAUUUGCUUAAAUUGCUACAGUAAUUCAAUGGGCAGCCCUGUCUGGACACAGAGUUACUGUGAAUUUUUAAGAAACUCAGUUAAAGAAUUUAGGAAUUUCUGAUUCACUCAAAGGAUUUGCAAACUCAUCAACUCCUGAAAGCUAAAGCAAUUUCUACAGUAGAACAAAAAACAUGGGCUUUUUGAGACCAGUAUAUUUCCUUUUCCUCUUUUUUGGAGUCAAAGUAUAUUGCCAAUAUGAAAUUUACCAAUGGGAUGAAGAUUAUGAUCAAGAACCAAAUGAGGAUUAUGAACCUGAAUUCCAAUUUCGUCAAAAUGUUGAAUAUGGAGUUCCUUUUUAUCAGCCUACUUUAGGCUGUGCCAGAGAAUGCUUUUGUCCAACUAACUUUCCAUCAUCUAUGUACUGUGACAAUCGCAAACUCAAAACUAUCCCUAAUAUUCCGAUGCACAUUCAGCAAGUCUACCUUCAGUUCAAUGAAAUUGAAGUUGUAACUGCAAAUUCACUCAUUAAUGCAACUCAUCUUAAAGAAAUUAACCUCAGCCACAACAAAAUUCAAAAAGUUGAUUAUGGUGUAUUUGCUAAGUUUUCAAAUCUACUACAACUUCAUCUAGAACAUAACAAUUUAGAAGAGUUUCCAUUUCCUCUUCCGAAAUCUCUGGAAAGGCUCCUUCUUGGUUACAAUAAAAUCUCUACACUACCACCAAAUGCAAUGGAUGGACUAGUAAACUUGACUAUGCUCGAUCUCUGUCACAAUCAUCUUGAUGACUCCACAUUAAGAGAGAAAACCCUUGCCAAUAUGGAAAAAUUAAUGCAGCUCAACCUAUGUAAUAACAGAUUGGAAUCAAUGCCUCCUGGAUUGCCUUCUUCACUUAUGUAUCUAUCCUUAGAAAAUAAUUCAAUUUCUUCUAUACCAGACAAUUACUUUGAUAAACUUCCAAAACUUCAUGCUCUAAGAAUGUCACACAACAAACUGCAAGAUAUCUUGUAUGAUACUUUUAAUCUUUCCAACCUCAUCGAGCUCAACGUCGGACACAACAAGUUGAAGCAAGCAUUCUACAUUCCAAGAAACUUAGAACACCUCUAUCUAGAAAAUAAUGAAAUAGAAAAUAUCAAUGUGACAAUGAUGUGUCCAUCUGUUGACCCUUUAUAUGACCACCAUUUAACAUACCUUCGUGUGGACCAAAACAGACUGAAGGAACCAAUCAGUUCAUACAUCUUUUCCUGUUUCCCUCAUAUACACACUAUUUAUUAUGGUGAACAAAGGAGCAUUGAUGGUCAAAUGAUAGAACUGAAGACCCAAGUUUUCAGGAGAUUUCAAGAUGAUGAUUAUGAUGAUGGGGAUGAUCAUGAAGAUCAUGACAACACUCACGAGGGCCAAGCUGGGAGUGAAGAGCACUUUGACCCUCAUUACUAUGAAAUUUAAGAAUGACAAGAAACUGUAUAGGUAUACAUUUAUGAUUUUAUAAGAGCUCAGAAUAAUUUUAAAUCUAAUCACAUAUUGCUCAAAGUCAUGUAUCUAGAAUUAUGUAUUAGUAAAGAUUAGAGUUGCCUUUAAGUUGUUGGGCAACGAUAUGAUUACAUGGUAUUAGAACUUACUUAAAAUGAUACAAAUCCUACAAACACAAACAAGAAACACAAGUGGGAAUAAAAACAAACUAAACUUUAAUGCCUUCUUGCACUUUUAAAAUCGAGAUAUUGUCAUGCUGAAAAAGAAAGCAAGUGUCACUUGUAAUAACAGAAAUUUUCCUAGGGCAGAUGAAGGGAGUUGCCUUAGCAGUGAAGGCCUGGGAACUGUGUCCUUCUGGUCAUUAUGAGGAUGUCUGUGUAACAGAAGGGUAUAUCAGUAUUAGGAGUGGUCAUUUAUUUAAGAGAAGAGUUUUCUGUGAUUGUCUCCAGAAGAGCUUUCACUGUUGUAUUUAUGAACCCUCACCAUGACAUCUACCCCUUGGCUUAUCACUCAAGAAGAUAGAAUGGUAUUUAUGAUUUUCAAGAGGCCAUCCUAUUAUGCAUUCAAGACAUAUGGAUUAUGAAAUCAAAUAUUCUUAAUGUGUUCCAUUUUUAAGUGGGAUUCAUUGUUUUUCACUUAUAGCUAAUUAAACUAGAAAAUGAUCUCUGCUUUAGUUAUCUAAAGACCUGUUAGUAGAUUGCUGCUAUGUUCAUAAGCCAACAUUAAAUUUCAAAAAAUAAAGUUCUUA